GUUUCCUAAGUUCUUUGUGUAUUGUCAUUUUGACAAAUCGUGAUACACAACGUUCAACUCUCUGUCGCUGCAUUCUUUAUCUUCGUUUCAUUGAAAGCUGAUAUCGGACCAAAUGGCUUUCAUUCCGGUGAUCAAGUUUAUCUUACUAAUCAUGUCGAUGUUUAGCCCUUUCUCAGAUGCACGCUCCAAAGUUAAGUAUGAGGAGAGAUGUAAGACUGAUUGUUCUGAUGGAGAUACAAGAAUAGAUUGUACCAAAGAUUACUUACCUGUUUGUGGAUCAGAUGGCAACACCUACGAUAAUUAUUUAGCUUUUUGCACUGCAUCAAGGUUCCAAAAUGGCCAACUUAAAUUCAAACAUUAUUUUCAGUGCUGAUUCUGUGAAAUGGAUUUAAAAAUGCAACAAAUUCUCCUGUUGUCUCUGUUUAGUUAAUGUAAUUUGGAAAGUUUCUAUCAUUUUAUUUUAUGUCAGAGAAUGUAGAAACUCAGUCCACACAAGACAUGAUUUGUUUCUGAAUUCACAAAAUAAUUAUUUCUUA